CUGAUUAUAGCGUCCUCUUCUCAUGGACAACAGAUACUUCAAGAACUAUUCACUGAAUUAGUGUUAGAAAGCGAAGGGAAUGUGUGAGUGUUAGCUGUCUAAUCGAGGAACGUAAGAUUCAGUGGAUUUCAUCGAAAAUAUCAAGAAAUGACGUCCUAUCUUGAAAACUUUCAAUUACUAUCAUGCGUAUGGUUCGAAAUAGGCGAUAAACGCAAUGUACUCGCAUCUAUGCUGGCUGGAACAUUGUUCUUUGUAGGAUGGUGGUUCAUCAUUGAUGCUCAUGCUAAGUAUCCAAGUGAAAUGUCAAAUGCGUAUCAUCUGUGUGGAGUAUUUGGAACUAUUUCCCUUUUUAUGAUAAACUCUGUAACAAAUGCAGAGAUCAGAGGGGAUGCAUACAAUGGUGGAUUCUUGGGAGAUAGAGGUGCAAGAGGUUGGCUGUUCAUUGGAUUUGUAAUGGGAUUUGCUGCAGUAAUUGCAGCAUGUUGGAUUUUGUUCGCAGACUUUGUUGCUGCAGAGGCUAAACAUCAUUGGCCUGGUGUAGGUCUAUUCUUGCAAAACAUAUUUAUCUUCCUAGGGUCCCUUGCAUUUAAAUUCGGACGAGUUGAGGAACUGUAAAGAAACUCAAUAUUUGAGUAUUGCAUUGAGCAUGAACUGAAUUGGUUCAUAUUAUAAAAAAAAAGUUCUCUGUCUUAAUUUAUACAUAACUUACAUAAAACUAGUUAUUGAAAUGCUUACUUACCUUAUCUAUAAUGACUAAUUUUAAAUCCAAAUAAUCUUUAUGUAUAAUAAAACACAUAAAAGUAUUAUUCUGCCCACAUACAAUUAGAUCACAGAAUAAUAAAUUACAGGCUUUGUGAUCAUUUUAUCUUACUACAAAAAUACACAUACGAAUAGUUGAGCAAAAGUUUUACAGUUUAAAUGAACAAACAUAUUGUUAGAAUGAAUACUGCUAAAAGAUACAAUAAAUUUUGCAUUUAUUGGUAUAAUUGUGUGACUGAAAAUAAUUGUAUUCCAAUUUUCUAAAUAAAUUUCGAUUGCCUUUA